AUUCCCCCAAACUCCAGAAGAUUCCCUCGUCCUUUGCCUUCCUCCGCCUCCGCCACCGCCACCGCCGCCGCCGCCGCCGGCGAAGGAAGAGAGGGAGGGGAGGAUGGGGACCCGGGAAUGGCCGCUGCCUCGCCUGUACGAGCUCUUCCUCGGCAAAGAGCGCGACCGGUGGCCGCCGGAGGCCAGGCUCAUCGAAGCCGCCCACCACGGCGACGUCCUCGAGAUCAAGAAGAUUGCAAAGGAGCUGGACGUGCAGGGGCAUGGGAUCCCGGUGACGGUGGCCAACACCACCUACAUGGGCAUGAACGUCCUCCACGCCGCCGGUGGACUCGGCAGGCUGCCGGUCUACCGGUACCUCGUCGAGGAGGUCAAGAUGGACAUCCACAAGCCUGACACCCUUAUUGAUUUUACGCCCGUGGAGCAUGCUGUCAAACAUGGCCACCUCCCUGCCAUCAAGUACCUUCUUGACCAUGGUGCUGAUCUGCAUCUGCAACGCGGAGAUAACACUCUUCUUCAUUCAGCUGCAACUCAUGGGCAAUCUGAAAUAGUAAAGUUUCUCCUUUCUAAAGGAGCUGAUGUUGAUGCAAUAUCAGAUCUUGGGACACCACUCAUUCUUGCUGCUCUUAAAGGACAUCCUAGUACUCUCAAGAUCCUUUUGCAGCACGGUGCAGAUCCCAACAAGGUUGCUGGUCUGUUUGGAAUUAUAGACGUGGCAUUACACAAAUCUUCUGUGUCCUGUGUGAAGCUAUUGAUUCAGGGUGGAGCUAAUGUGAGCGGUGAUAAUCAUUUGGCAAAGGCUGCAGAGAAGGGCUUAACUGAAGCUAUUAAGUGCUUGUUGGAAGCUGGUGCAAACCCAAAUGUUGUUGACAGGUUUGGUAGAUUGCCAAUAGAGUUGGCUGUUGAGUAUGGUACACGGGAAGAUGUCGAGAUUCUCUUUCCUUUCACCUCUCCCAUUUCAACUGUGGCCAAUUGGAGCGAUGAUGGAAUCAUUAGUCAUGUGCAGAUGGAAAUCAAGCAACUUGAGGAUGAUAAUUUUGUGGAGAAGAGGAUCUCUGACCUAAAGCAACAAGCAGCUGAAGCAUUUAAGAAGCAGGAUUACCUAAAUGCAUCAGUGUUCUACACACAGGCACUGAAGAUGGAUAACUUUGACGCAAAGUUGUUAUCAAACAGGAGCCUCUGCUGGCUUCGCAUGGGUGAUGGAGAAAGGUCUUAUGAUGAUGCAACUGAAUGCAAAAAGCUGCAGCCAAUGUGGGCAAAGGCGUACUAUCGGCAAGGAGCAGCUCAAAUUUUAAUGGAGGAUUAUGAUGAUGCUUAUCACUCACUCUUGCGUGCUUUGGAGUUGGACCCAGGAAGUCAAGAGAUUGCGAAAUUACUCUUGGAGACUAUUGUGGUGGAAAUGGUAUGAUCAACCCUGCAUGCCAACUGCGGAGAGAAGCUUUCUUUUUUUGUAGGUGUGUUCUCAGAUAAAAACACUGAACUUCAAAUUAUGGCGCCUUUCUGUAUGCGACCCGUGGACCGUAGCAGCAGCUUAUAGCAGGACAUGCUACUGGCUACCGAUUUUGAGUUCUCUGAAACUCGCAUCCUGUUAGUACGGAAGUGUGGCAGUGGAUGAAAUGGCUAACUAUGCUAGAGGCAGAAGAUCAAUACAUUUUACAUUGCCCGUUGACAUUAUUUAUAUAUUUAUAUGUGCAAGGGACA